AUCAUAGAAGAAGCUAGCUAUUUUAAUGUAUCAGCAUGCACUGGGGAUAAAGUGUCAGCCCUCCAGACCAGAGGUCUCUCUUCUUCUCUCAGUCUUUUCCACUGAUAGCAGUGUGUUGGCUGAUACUGUUAGUCAUCAUGGGCCUUCGUAUCCACUAUAUUUCUGUCAUUUCUGAAAACGACACCAAGCUGACGGCAGAAAACCAGCAGCUGACUGAAGACGUCCAGAACCUGACAACACGAAACCAGCAGCUGGAGACACAGAGGAAGAACUUAACAGAAAAAAUACAAAACAUGGAGACAAACUUGAUUAAACUCAACGUCAGUCGAGCUCAGUGGAGCAUUGAUGCCUACUGCCCCAAAACAAAUGACGGGAGACGGUGUAAAGCUUGUCAGGAGGGCUGGGGACUCACCGGGCCCAGCUGCUAUGAGGUUCAUGACGUUGUUUCUUCUGAUCGGAAAACCUGGGAAGAAGCUCGAGAAGACUGCAGAGGAAAGGGUUCACAUUUGGCUGUCUAUACUAAAGAGGAACAUGGUGUAAUCAGUAAAUACAGCCCGAAUAGUUCAGGAACUGAUGGAUACUGGAUCGGCCUGAGAGCUGAAGGUGGGAUGUGGGAGUGGGUCGAUGGAAGUGAUCCAACUGUAAAUGACUGGACACAACAAAAUCCUCCUACUGACAGUCAGUGUGUAAUGUCUGUCCGUAACGCAGAAUGGAGAUCAGUGAGCUGUGCUGAGAAAAAACGAUGGAUCUGUAAAAUAAAGGCUCUAUCUGUUUAAACACUGCAGUCAGACUCUGCAUGAUAAUAUCAACUGGCUUAUAAAUAUCACAUGUGUGUUUGUGCUCUGUGUGUUUCUCUCUGCAUCUUUGUUAGAGAUGCAGUGAUUAAAGGUUUUAUACCAGAUUGAUGAAAGGGAACAACUUUUUUAGGAUGUAGGAAGGAUGGCUUUUUUGCACAAGUAUAGAAAAUUAACCCUGUGCUUGUUUUGUCUCUGUUGUAACUCUUGCAGCAAUGUCUCCCUGUGACAAAAACGAAUUUCUCCUUGGGAAGACUAAUAAAGAUACUUUGAUUUUGA